AUGUUGUCUUCCGCCUUCAUAACUGACAUACUAUCAAUUCAGGCCAUCGGUGCCGCCCAGGAUGCCGCCCGCAUGGAGCGUGUUGUGACCUUCUACGCUGGCCUUCCCCGUGGCCCUGCCGCUCCCGUGAAGCCUACCGGCCUCAUCGGUCGCUACCAGGCCCGCUACUUCAACGGCAAGAACGCCUCCGGUGUUCCCCUUAUCCACGCUAUUGGCGGUAUCCUGAUCCUGGGUUACAGCAUGGAGUACUACUUCCACCUGCACCAGCGCUUUCGAAGUGAGAUCUCAAGCGACCCUCAGCUUCAACCCGAGUUGACUCUUGAAUCCCGUAUCAUCCUCCCUAUCUUUGUAUCAUCAACCGUCCUUACGCAUACUCCCUCCCUCUUUGCCCUACUCCCAUCCUGGGACCACUUGGGCUGCGGAUUUCCCAAGACACACGCGCCUAUCGAUUCCGCGAUCGUUCGCUCCACAUCGAGCCCAACCUCACACGGGCUUUCUCAUCAACAUCCGAGAGAGUUGCUCGAUACUAUCGCUGGUUGUGAUAUCCCAUAUAUUCAGGGUGCAACCAGUCAAGGGACCAGUGCAACUGUGGCGAUCCUUGAAUCAAGUAUUGUUAUGGCAGAGCAGAUCAACCGCGAUGUGGUAGAUCAGACCCUGUCGGGCGGCGAGUCUUCGCCUUCCGACGUUCCUGCGAGCACCAACGACAAUCUAUCUGCUGGAGGGGACGCAGGGAAGACCGAACAUAUCGCAAUGACCACUACAUCGAAUAACUCAAACUUGAAUGAUCAGCAAAGCCAUGAGAAAACGAACACUCUUGACUCGCGGGGAGAAAAAGCCGCCGGUGACAAGGACGCUGGAGGCCCAACGACGGAUAAUUCUAGGCAGGGCGCCGGAAUUGUUGCGACUCGAGUUCUUGAACUUAAUGGAUUGGCCUCGGCAUCGGAUGGCGGAGAAGACACAGCAUCACAAGGUGGUUCGGAGUCGGAUGCGAGCCGAUCAGAAGGCAGGAAUCCAACUAGCAGUGGUUCAGUCAAAAAAUCCGCAGGAUUCAAGCCAGUCUCAUUUGCUAAGUUUUCGGUAAACAAGGUCCCGGGGGCUCCAGCACCGCCCAAGGUGCCCGAAAAAGCGCCAACCUCUACAACACCACUCGGCACCCCACAGCCAAGCUCUCGACCGCGCUUGGUUGCGAAGACUACACUCGGGAUGCGUGAUUCGUUUUCGAAGACCGGAGCAGGUGGAGGCAAGCCUGGUGGAUCAGGGCCUGAUCCAAAUCAGGUGUGGAAUAAGAACAGACCUGUUGUGCCCGCUCCUCCGAAACACUUGACCGACGAAGAAUUGAAACAACAAUACGGAAUUCAUAUGACUUCUCGUAUCCAAGAAGAUGGGGCAGUUAGCUCCGAAGCAAAGUGGGCGGAUAUUGAUGACGAUGAAGAUGAUUGGGCCCCUGAGACGAUUGAGUGGACAGAUGGAACUAAGGUUAAUCUUACUCAACCUCACACUGAACCCCCGCCGGCUCCUAGUCAUCGGGAGCCUAAAGAGAAAGAGCUACCGCCCGUAGAGCCGAGCAUUGUGAAGGAGCCUGUCAAGGUUGCGCCGAAGCCGGCUAUAUCAAUGGGACCUCGGGCUAUGGUGCUCAAGGUUGGAGCGAACGCUGAACGACAAGCGAGAACUGCGAGUGCUUCUUCUAACGGCACAAAUGACAAAGUUCCAUCUAGCUCUACAAGUCCAGCACCGCCAUCCAAGUCUCCUUGGGCCGCUCUGCCUCCUGUCGAAAGAGUGUCUCCAGUGAAUGCCCCGGUUCAGCCUCACCCACAGCGUAUGCCCGCGAGGUACCCCCAGAGAGACGACGGCCAUCAUGCCCCAAUGGCACCACCCAAGGAGAUUGCAGCUGAUGAUUUCAACCGUGCAUGGAAAGAUCAGUCAGAUUUGCCUCAGCUUUUCAAUCCUCGAUCUUCCCAGUACGAGCCGGUAGCAGAAACCAGGAGAGGAUCCUGGCGUCAUGACCAACACCCCCGUGCUCCUGCGGUUUUGCAAAGACCAAACGACCAUCCAAGUGGACCAGCAGAGCCAUCUGCUGCAUUCCAGACGCACAGGUCUAGCCAUCAGGAUGGCAUGGGCUGGGGUGGCCGUCGUCGCACAUCAUCAAACGUGAGCGGAGGAAGCGGAGGAUUUGGCCGUAGGAUGUCAGCUGGCCGAUUUGAUCCCCCUCCGAGAUACAAUGAUGCUCGAAGAGGCUCUCAAGUGAAUGGCCUGGGUGAUUCAGCAAUAAUGGGCCACGAGCAGCACCAUGGCAAAGACGAGACUGCUCCGUCUGGUCCAAAUGGUACAGCUCGUCCAGCUGUCGAGGUAGGUAUGUCUCCCGUGGAAACACAGCCAGCGGUUCCUCAGGCCCCUCAAGUUUCGCAAGAACCUCAGGAGGACCCUGUUGCUCUGCAAGAGCGGAUUAUGAAGGAGAAACGUCUAGAGGCGCGGCAACGAAGAAUUGAGCAGGAGGAGAAAGAGGAGGCGGCUAAAAAGGAGAGGAUUAGGCAACGUCUCGCCGCAAUGGGUCCUGCGCCAGAGAAGAAAGCUCCCGAAACGCGCAACCCCCCUCUCUUCAACCUCAAACCCAACCCCAACCUCACUCCAACCCUCUUCAUCCUCCUCCCACCCCUUCCCAAAUUCCUAUCCAACCCAUCCACUCUAUUUCUUCACCACCCAAACCUCCUGUUCCAGAACCCAAUAGGGAACCAAAACAGUAUGAGCAAACAUCUCAACCGACGUGUCUCAUCACCCCACCGAGAACCCCAUCGUGACUCUGCGCCUUCAUCUACCUCACACCUCAAACCUGAACCUCACUCACCUGUCCAGAGCAAGGCAUCUGAUCCAAAGCUCGAUGAGCACGGUACUCAGUGGCAAGGCAAUUUAACUUCUACUUCGCCUUGGUCUCAUCCUAAUAUUGCUGUGCCAUCUACAUCCGCGAAAAAUCUGUGGAAACCGUUUGGCAGUGACCGCACCCCAACUCUCGGUAACGGCAUCUUUGACCAACCCUUAGGGACUUUUACAUCACGUGAAAACCCUCUAGGCCAACUCGGCUUAGAUUCAUCAAAUAUGCCUGCCCCUCCCAAGUUCUCUGCUCCUAAGGAGACAACUGAUUCUUUGCCAUCACCUGAGGCACGUCACCCCUCAUUUGAACCCCUCAAUCCAAUUGGACGCCCUAGCCCAAUCGGACCGCCGAGCACACGGAAUGCUCGUGCCAUCAACGACUGGAAUAACUUCCACGAGAACGCCUUGGAGAAGGAAUCUCAGAACGCCAAGGAGUUCCUAAAGCGACUUAAUGAAAGACAGAAGGGAGCCUCAGCCCCUCCACCUGCGCCCGUGGUUUUCACUGAGACUUGGAAGAAGACCCGUGCCACUGAAGAUGGCAGACGAGUCGUCACCCGGGUCACCGAAAGAGUGGUAAAUAAUGAGGACGACAUCGCGAAAGCCAAGGCGGCCGUCAACCAGCAAUCCAACCCUCUUACGACUCUCGAUACCCCCAUGGACAGUCUCAAUGAGCUCCCGGUUCUUCCCCCGGCAUCUGAACAGUCGAAGCGCCAGGUCGCUGAGAAGGAGCGCAGCAGUCCUUCGCCUCCUCCUCCCGAGGAAGUUAGCCACCCUGCCUACUACGGAGACGCGAAGCGACCCCACGUUAAUCUUCCAGCCCCUAAGCCUCCGAAGCCCGUUGUUAAGCUACCCCCAAAGGCCAUUGGUGCUCCCGUCCCCCCGCCAACAUUUGCUUCUAUGGCAGCUGCGCCACCGCGUAACGUGGUGCCUCCUUCCACAGCGCUGUCGUGGCAGGACAAGAUCAAUGGACUUUUCGGCAAGACCACCCCUACGCAGAAGAAGAGUGUCCUAGCUGUGACAUCAGCUACCAAGGAACCUCUUCCUGUUCAUGCUACUGCCGUAUCUGUUUCUAUUCCGCAGAUCAAGAUCAGCUCACAGGCUGGCGAUGGCGAUUUCGCUGUUCGACAAGUCAAUGAACAGGAUGAGAUGUUUGAAGACCGUGAACCGGGUUCGCUGCCUGCCGUUCGUGUGCCGAAUAUGGCGCCCCAAAAUUCUUGGAGCGCAACUCGUCCAUCAGAGCGAACCCGUGGAAAGAACUUCAAGCCGGUCCAAGCGCAGACCAUUCAGCCGUUCCUGGUUGGUCAUAACGAUCGGGACAAUCAUGGGAAUAUUCGCGCUUCGAUUCUACUUCCAGGCGGCUCUGAGCCCAAAGUCGUGCUCAUCCAACGCAAGUCUGGCCCGCCUCGAGGCCGCAAUUCUAACACCAAUAUCCGACCCCGCAAGGGAAUCAACAAGUCUGGCGAAGUUUCUGGUAAUGGCAACAAGAAGCCUACCUCUAACACCGUCCCACGACAGCAACCCCGUCAGCGGUCGGGCUGGAGCCCAGAACCGCCCACUUCUCGUUAA